AAAAAAGAUGGUUGAAUUAGAAUGAGUAUAAGGGAGGAAACCAACUGUUGAGUGGGAACAGCAAGUAAUCUGAAGGACCCUCGUGACCGUUUUCUGGCAGCGCAGCAUAGAGGCAAAAAUAUUUCUGUUCCCUCAUGCUCAGCAUCCACAAAAAAGGAAAAAAGGAAAACCAAAAAAAAAAAAAAAAAGAAAAACCCUAGGGGUAAUCAUGUACUUUCACAUCUCAAUUAAGGCACUUUGUGCCCUCCAGCUGUGAGCAUGACAUAAGGUGACUUCACCCUUACGAGACUGCGAGGGUGGCAAUUUUCUUCGAAAUGACUAAAACACCCUUCAUUAGGAUCCUUGAUGACAGAAUCGCCCAUCCCACCGUCCACAAAUUAGACCACAUCGCGAUUUUAUUGGGUACGCACGGUGAGGGAAGAAAGGGUGUUUUGGUCAUUUUACAAACCCGACAGGGGAUUCGAAGGUCCUUUUAGCAGCUUCGGUUAUUCCCACACACAAAGGUCGAACACAACUAAGAAACGUUAACUAUUUGGAAAGCGGCCGUAAUUAAUUAAUCUCUCUAAACCUUUUGUUAAAAUCAUGAUCCGAGGAGAAAAUUUGGAAAAGAAGGAAAAGAAAAAAAAGAAAGAGUUUGAGUCUUGUUUACGCCAAAGGGGUCGUCGUAUUCUAUUCUCCUCCUCUGCGAGACCUUGUCUCGCCGCACCAUUUAUAUAAAGAACCCGCACUUUAUCUCUCAACCCACACCCCACCUUCGCCUUUUCUUUUCUUUCUUUCUUUCUUUACACCAGUCCCCUCCCUUCCUUUUUCCUCCCUCUCUUUUCUUAUUCUCUUACUUUGCUGGAUUAUAAGUACUACCACAUAUGUCUUCCUUCGAAUUGGACCUCAAUCAGUUAUCAUUUCUCAACUAGUCUCUUCUUCUUCUCCUUCAGCUUCAGCUCUAGAGUUGAUAGGAUUUUUUUAGCGAUGGAGAAGCUCAAUUUUGUGAAGAAUGGCGUCCUCAGAUUGCCUCCUGGCUUCCGCUUCCAUCCUACUGAUGAAGAGCUGGUGGUGCAGUACUUGAAGCGCAAGGCCUAUUCUUGCCCCCUGCCCGCCUCCAUCAUCCCUGAGGUCGAUGUCUGCAAGGCUGAUCCUUGGGAUUUGCCAGGUGAUUUGGAGCAGGAGAGGUACUUCUUCAGCACCAGGGAGGCCAAGUACCCGAAUGGAAACCGGUCGAAUAGAGCCACGGUUUCGGGUUACUGGAAGGCAACUGGAAUUGACAAGCAAAUUGUAGCUUCCAAGGGGAACCAGGUUGUGGGGAUGAAGAAAACUUUGGUUUUUUAUAGAGGAAAGCCUCCACAUGGGUCGAGAACCGAUUGGAUCAUGCACGAAUACCGGCUUGUUGGUGCUGAAACCACCCCACAGAGAAAGAGCUCGACAACUCAGAGCUCAAUGGCGCAAGCGGAGAACUGGGUGUUGUGCCGCAUAUUCCUGAAGAAACGGGGCACGAAAAAUGAUGAGGAGAUGAUGCAAACCAACAAUGAGAACCGGGUGGUUCAGAAGUUGAGGAGCAGCAGGCCUGUUUUCUAUGAUUUCUUGACAAGGGGCAGGGAUGAUACUAAUCUUGCUUCUUCCAAUUCUUCGGGUUCAAGUGGGAUCACAGAGGUGUCGAAUACCGAAUCAGAAGAACACGAAGAAAGCAGUAGUUGCAAUAGUUUCUCGCCUUUCAGAAGAAAACCAUAACCAUAUAUAUACUCACUCUCCCCUUUCAGUAAUGCCUGCUGUAUCAGUAACUGGGUUUCUGGAAAGAAAAAAGAAGAAAAAAACACCCAAGAUUAAAAUAACCAUCUAAGAAUUCUCAUGUUCAGCCACUUCUUUUCCGGAGUCUCGUCUGUAAUCAAUGAUCAUCACUUCAUAGAGAGGUUUAAAAAAGGAAAAAAAAAUAAAAAAAUUUCGGCAUCAUCAACUGUCAAUUACUAGUAAUUUUGAGAGCAGGGGUGUUGGCAGACGGUAUAGUUUAUGCUAUGUAAUCAAUCAUCCCCAAAGUUUCAAAAUUAGUGAUGAUCAUCUCUCCUUUUUCUCUC